AUGGGAAUCAUCCCCCUCAUCGCGAGCGCAAUCUCCGUACUAUAUCUUACCUACCAACUAAUUCAAACCGCCAUCAACUCGAAAUAUCACUAUGCCUACAAACUCGUUAAUCCCAAGCAUCCCCAUCCGUGGGACCUUCGCAUUCCCAGAGCUCAAGAUGACGCAGACACGGACGACGACUCGGAUGAGUUUGACAGAAACGAGCAUCUCGCUAUCCACACCGUCCGAACUCGUAACACUGAGAUGUCUGUGGUUGACAAGCCACGAGGUCAGAUCGUCCUGCCUGUCAUCGAAGAGUUGGCUGUGUUGGCCGAGGUUGGCAUCCACGCUGCUGCAUGCGCCACUGGUAUCUGGGGUUGGAGCAGGGCUACAAUCAUCUGCAGUACCGCCCUCUGGUCAUACGUUGCAGUCCUGACCACUCUGCGUCUCUACUUCUCCAGCACAAACAACUACUCGUUCAACAAGCUAUGGUACCACACCGCUCUUCUCUAUGGCGCGCAGUGGAUCUGCGCAUUCCUUCUCUUCCGCUCGGCAAUCAUCCACCCAGUCUCCACGGGCGUCCAAGCUCUUACAAGCACUCACUUUGCACUUACGACUCUGCUGGCUUUGAUCAUGCUCACCUCACGCAAGGGUAACAAGCCCGUGGAACUCGAGUACGAAGGCGAGAUUGAGCCCUCAAGAGAGCCUCUCGCUAGUGUGCUCUCUCUCGCUACCUUCUCCUGGAUCGAUCCAAUCAUCUGGAAGGGCUACAAGAAGACUUUUGAAAUGUCGGAUGUUUGGAAUCUCAAUUCCAAGGACAAGGCUGAAGCCGUUCUCUUGGACUACCGACAGGUCAAGAAAACCUCAGCUCUCGCCUGGCACUUGUUGAAGUACUUUAAGCGUGGUUUACUCGUCCAAGCUGCAUGGGCUGCCCUUUCUGGUGUCAAUCUCUUCGUGCCUACUCUUCUCCUUAAGGUUAUCCUGGAAUACGUCGAGAACCCAGCCGAUACCCCGGUCAAUGCUGUGUGGUUCUACGUUAUCUUGUUGUUCGUUUCUGGUUGCGUCUCUGCUCUGUCUGGUGGCCAAGCUCUCUGGGUUGGUAGAAAGACAUGCAUCCGUCUUCGUGCCAUAAUUAUUGGUGAGAUCUAUGCCAAGGCUCUACGUCGUAAGGCUGCAGCGGCCGGCGACAAACAAGCCUUCCUCAAAAAGGUCAAGUCGUUCUACAAGGGCAAGAAGACCUCAGAGGCUACCAAGGAUGUUCCGAAGAAGGAAGAGAGUACCGAUCAGGUCACCUCCGGUACGAUCAUCAAUCUGAUGGCCGUCGACUCCUUCAAGGUCAGUGAAAUCUGCGCCUAUCUGCACUUCCUCUGGGCCGAGACACCUGUCCAGUUUGUCCUGGCUAUCUACCUUCUCUACAGCAUUCUGGGUUACAGCAGUAUCGCUGGUAUUAUCAUGAUGGCUCUUCUUCUACCUGUCAACCUCUUCAUCGCCAAGCAGUUCACCAAGGCUCAGAAGAAGAUUCUUGCAGCCACUGAUGCUCGUAUUCACACUACCAACGAAGUGCUCACCAACAUUCGAAUUAUCAAGUACUUUGCCUGGGAGCAGCGUUUCCUAGGUCAGGUCGAUGAGAAAAGAGCAGUUGAGCUGAAGAACCUUCGAAACAGAUAUAUCAUUUGGGCCGCCGCAGCUACCAUCUGGGGAGGAGCUCCCAUGGUCAUCACUUUCCUCACCUUCCUGGUCUACACCAUGGUCGAGAAGAAGGACCUCAUCCCAUCCCUUGCCGACAUGGUUGCCCACGUUCAGGAAUCCAAGGUGUCUGUUGACCGUAUCGAAGAAUACCUCAAUGAGCCAGAGACCGACAAGUACAAUCAGCUCCAGGACAAGGAAUUCGAUGAGGAUGGAAAUCAUGUCAUUGGAUUCGAGAAUGCAACUUUCAGCUGGGGUGGCGGCACCGAAGCCGAUGACUUCAAGAUGAUUGACCUCAACAUGCGCUUCAGAAUCGGCGAGCUGAACGUCAUCGUUGGACCCACUGGUAGCGGUAAGACAUCUCUUCUUAUGGCACUGCUAGGAGAAAUGUCCAAACUCGAUGGUCAUGUGUACCUGCCUGGAGGACACAGCAGAGAAGAACUAAAGGCUGAUCCGGAGACUGGACUGGUUGAAAGUGUCGCGUACUGUGCUCAACAGGCCUGGCUUGUCAACGGAACCAUCAAGGAAAACAUCGUCUUUGCUAGCCCCUGGAACCCUAGACGUUACAAGGACGUCAUUAUUGCCUGUUCUCUCCAGCGCGAUCUUGAGAUCCUUGAUGGUGGUGACCAGACUCUUGUUGGUGAAAAGGGUGUCACUCUCUCUGGCGGACAGAAGCAGCGUAUCUCUCUUGCUCGUGCUCUGUACUGUAAUGCCAGACACGUUCUCCUCGAUGAUGUUCUUUCUGCAGUCGAUGCUCAUACCUCUAAAUGGAUCUUUGAGAAGGCUCUUAUGGGCCCUCUCAUGCUCAACAGAACAUGUAUUCUGGUCACUCACAGCACCACACUCUGUCUUCCCCAUGCUGCAUUCGCCGCUGUACUUGACAACGGCAGAGUCAGCACUCAAGGUAGUGCCAGGGAUGUCAUCAUGUCUGGAAAGCUUACCGAAGAUCUUAGCACAGCUCUGGAAGAAUCCGAAGGCGGCGCAUCGCAUCUCCCAUCCCGUGUACCUUCUGACAUCGGUGGUGACAAGGCUCUGGGCGAGAAUGGCCAUGCCGAGGAAGAGGCUGCCAACCCAGCCGAGUAUGAGGACAACACUCUUCACAAAGUCGUUACUAAGGAUAUUCCCGGCAUGAACAAGGACAAUGUCGCCUCUCCUGUCGAAACCAAGGCUACUGGAAGUGUCAACUUCAAGGUUAUCCUCAUGUACUUCUCUUACAUGGGUACUUGGUACUACUGGGUGAUUACCGCCAUGAUGUUUGCCCUCCAGCAAGUUUCGCAAGUCUCGACCAACGUUUGGAUUCGUCAAUGGGCCAACGCUUAUGCCGAUAAGAGGGAAAUGUCUGUCAUGGGCGUUUACACCGAGCCUCGCCAACUGACUCAUGUGUUCAGCGGUAUUGGCAGUGGAGCCUCUUGCGUGAAGAGUGGAUCUUGCCUUUGGGGUCUGCCUUCGUUUGGCACUUCCAAUGUUUCCGACCAGUUCUCUAUCCGUUCAGAGAACUCCAAUGGUGUCGAUGUUUCUUACUACCUUGCUGUCUACGGUAUUCUUGGCCUUGUCUACAUGCUGAUCACUGUCACCCGUGAAGGUGUCCUUUUCUACGGAUCUCUGGUUGCUUCUAAGAGAAUUCACAGAAAGCUUAUGGAGUCUGUCACACACGCCAAGUUCCGCUUCUUCGAUUCUACUCCCCUCGGUCAGAUCAUGAACAGAUUCUCCAAGGAUGUUGAGGCUAUCGAUCAAGAGAUCGCUCCUGUUGCAGUUGGAGUAGUCCACUGCAUGGCCUCGAUCAUUACCACGGUCAUUCUCAUCUCGGUCAUUACACCUCGUUUCCUGAUUGCUGGUGUCUUUAUCAGUGUCCUCUACUUCAUGAUUGGUGCUUUCUACAUCAAUGCCGCUCGCGACCUCAAGCGUCUCGAGUCUGUGCAACGCAGCCCGCUGUACCAGCAAUUCGGUGAAACCUUGACUGGCAUGACAACCAUCAGAGCUUAUGGCGACGAACGCCGCUUCAUCCGUGAGAACAUGCACAAGGUCAACACCCACUCAAGACCGUUCAUCUAUGGUUGGGGCACUAACCGUUGGCUCGCGUUCCGUGUUGAUGUUACCGGUGCCUUGGUGUCGUUCUUCACUGGUGCUUUCGUCAUUCUGAGUGUCGGCAAGCUCGAUGCUGGUGCUGCUGGUCUGGCUAUGACAUACGCUGUUACUUUCACAGAGAACGUAUUGUGGUUCGUCAGACUUUACUCGAUGAACGAGCAAAAUAUGAACGCUGUCGAGCGUAUCAAGGAAUACUUCGAAGUCGAACAAGAAGCGCCUUACCAAAUUGAAGACAAGAAGCCUUUGCCUGACUGGCCCAGUCAGGGUGCUGUCGAGUUCAAGGAUUACAGCACUAGAUACCGCAGUGACUUUGACAUGGUGCUCAAGGACCUCAGCUUCAAGAUUCUACCUGGCGAGAAGGUCGGUGUUGUGGGUAGAACAGGUGCGGGUAAGAGUUCGCUGGCUCUCGCUCUCUUCAGAGCUCUUGAAGCCGAGACUGGAAGCAUCAUCAUUGAUGAUGUUGAUGUUAGCUUGAUCGGUCUCCAGGACUUGCGUGAGAACAUUGUCAUGGUUCCUCAAGAUCCUACGCUCUUUACCGGCACCAUUAGAAGCAACCUUGAUCCCUUUGGCUUGUUCACUGACGAGGAGAUCUUCACUGCACUCCGACGAACACAACUCGUUGGUGCUGCCUCGGCCGAGCCGUCGCGUGCCCCAACACCUACAAACGGGAACGCCAGUGUCCGUUCCGAAGGUGUACCCGCCGAGACCACCACGGACACUCCCGCCACGUUGGAGAAUAAGAACAUCUUCACCAACCUUUACUCGGCGGUCGCAGAGUCUGGUAGCAAUCUUUCCCAAGGCCAGCGUCAACUUUUGUGCUUGGCGCGUGCUCUGCUCAAAGAUCCUAAGGUCUUGCUCAUGGACGAGGCAACUGCAUCUAUCGACUACGCCACUGAUGCAAAGAUUCAAGAAACCAUUCGUGAGAUCAAGAACACGACCAUCACAAUUGCUCACCGUCUGCAGACCAUUGUUGAUUACGACAAGGUCCUGGUGCUGGACAAGGGAGAGUUGAUCGAGUUCGGUUCCCCUUGGGAUCUUAUCAGAACGGAUAACGGUAUCUUCAAGGGCAUGUGUGAGAUGUCCGGCGACUUUGAUAUCCUGAUCAAGGAAGCCGAAAAGGCGCAUAAGGGGCGCCAGUUGGUUGAUGUCGAUGCUUAG